UCCCCGAAAAUUUUAACCGACCUUGAAUUGUGAAGCUGUACGAUUGGCGAGAAUCGUUGGAUCAUCUGCUGAGCACCUAGCGUUACCUCAACACGGAGAACGUUCAACCGCGUGUUCUGCUUCUCCAAGUUGAUUUCGUAGGUACAUUCUCGCUGUACCUCGAAAAUUCAUCGAAAAUUCAUCAAAAUUGAAAAUGGUGAUCUCCAAGGAAUUUUUUCUGACGGUCACGCAACGUCUAUUCAGCAAUUGGACGGCACUAAAGUUGGCGGUGGAACAUGACAUGGGCCCGAAAGAGAGCGCGGCAGAAUUUUGCACAUACACGACGGAAGUGCUGUACAUGAAUGAUGAGUUGAACAUAAGCGAGGUUGCUACCGUACUCGAGGACUACAUGGCCGACUGCUUCAACACAGAGAUGGAGGAUGGCAGUGCCGCAGAAGUAGCAGAGGUAUUGCUGAAAUUUUAUCGAUAUUGUCUGGAGGGCAACGAGACCACAGCGAGAACAGAGCUCGAGAAGUUACCGCCAUUACAGCCGUGGCUCUCGGUGCUACAACCUGUUCGGAAUAAUAACUACGUAACGGCAAAUCGCGACAGCAGCAGCAGCAGCGAAGAAGACAUGGAUACGGAUAACAUGGACACGAAGGAAGUGGCUGAGGAAGGAUGGACGAAGGUUAGAAGCGGGCGCAGGAGAUAACUCGCGGUAUUUUGUACAAACGAUAUCUUUACUUAGCAAUUUCUUUAUAUAUAAAAGAGUGAAAAGACGCGGGGCAAGAGACAGAAAGAGAGAGAGAGAGAGAGAAAGACGGUGCGCGCAUAUGUUACUGUAACAUAGUACGUGCGCA